AUGCAGAUAAAGCAGCUUGAAAAUGAGCCCUCUGAUGAGAUACCGGAAGACAUAGCAUUGGCUGUGGAGGCCUUGACGGAGUUAAAGAAUUCACAUGGACCAGGUGGUGGUGGUGGUGGUGGUCAAUUCCAGGAGCAUGAGCUUCAAGAACAGAAGCAUCAACAAGACCACAACAACGAUGAUACUUUACUGGCCAAGGUACGAACCAACACACUUAUUGAUAAUGCAGUGAAGGUUUACAAGAAGAGUAAAAAUCAGUAUCCAAAAUUUCGGAAAGGUGCAGAAAUGGUAGAACGAAAGGCUUUACUGCCCAUGGUGAAACGAUUGGAAGAACAUCGCACUAACAAAAGACGUCUUGAGAGUAUAGCCAGACAAGAAGUCGAGGAAUUGUUAGGAGCUGAAACUGAAAACGAAAUAGACGAGGAAAUCGAAAAUACCGGCGAAUUACGAAGUUCUGGACAGAGAAGAUCCAAGAAGCAAAAAAUUUCAAGUGCCAUUGCCAAGUCCAAAAGCAACUUGAAGGGCUAUCAGCUCAAUAUGUCGAUAGAGUCUAAAAAACGUCUGGUUACGUGCUUGCAUUUGUUGAAGCUCGCGAAUUACCAGCUUUCCAACCGCGUGAGCUUCCUGCAGGAUCUGGUUCAUAAAGAGCAACAACUCAGGCGCGGUAGGUUACGGGAUAACAAUAUCACAGGACGCAAAAUCGAAAAUCGGGGUGAAAAAAGCCGUAGUGGCAUAAGGCUUGUUGAAAAGAUCAAUGAAGAGAGGGAAAACAAAGCCAACAGUAAUAAACAUGAUAGACAAGAUGAAAAUGAACCCACACUCGGUUCAGAAGGGGAAGAUGAUGACGACGACGAAGACGACGAAGAAGCGGAAGAUCAUUUUUACGACGCAUCAGACAAUUUGCAUGAACAAUCCGACGUUGUGAAAAUGGAAAUCGUGGGUACCGUGAAAAAAGUAUACUCUCUUGUGUCACGGUUCACCGGUAACUCACUUCCUGAACCAGCUCGUACGCAGGUUCGGGAGUCGCUUUUGCAACUACCCUCUGCCUGGACAUCUUCCAUGAACUCCGAAACACUCUCAAAAUACACCCAUUCCAAAAAGCUGACUCGCAACGGGAAAGUUCUAAUUCUGGCACAAGAGAGUCUAGGAAUGGUGCACAGCGUGAUGGAUAUCGUUGAUGGCACGCUCGGAAGAGCAGAAGAAUGGGUCAAACAAAAGCAAGAAAUCAAAGAGCUGCUCAAGGAGCAGUAUCUCAGCAAUAAGAUCCGUGAUCCGGUUAAAAAUAACGUUUCUGGAGAAAAGGAAGUAGAUUAA